UGGUCACGUGACAGCGGGAGGUGUUCUGUCAGGGUAGCGCGCGCGUGCCGGUGUAUAAAUUGUUUUGUACGCUCGCGCUGAAGCCCCCUUGUGAGCGCGUGCUGAGGGUCCGAGGUCGGCGGCACUUUGAUCAUUGAGUAGACGCGACAUGGCAGACCAGGCGUUUGUCACCUUGGCCACGAACGAAAGAUAUGCUAAAGGAGCGAUGGUGCUGGGGAAGUCCCUGAGGAACCAUAAGACCACCAAGAAGCUGGUGGUGUUCAUCGGACCCCACGUGUCAGAACCGUCCAGGGCAGUGCUUCAGACGCUGUAUGAUGAGGUCAGGCUGGUGGACGUGAUGGACAGUGGGGACACCGCAAACUUGGCCAUGAUGCAGAGACCAGACCUGGGAGUGACAUUCACUAAGCUCCGCUGCUGGACCCUCACACACUUCUCCAAAUGUGUGUUUAUGGAUGCAGACACUAUGGCAGUAGCAAACGUUGAUGAGCUGUUUGACAGAGAGGAGUUAUCAGCAGCUCCAGAUCCCGGAUGGCCCGACUGCUUCAACUCGGGUGUGUUUGUCUUCCGCCCCUCCAACGAGACCUAUGGCAAACUCCUUCAGUACUGUACAGAACAUGGCAGCUUCGACGGAGGUGAUCAGGGUGUACUCAACGGUUACUUCAGUGACUGGGCCACGGCGGACAUCAGAAAGCACCUCCCGUUUAUCUACAAUAUGAGCAGCAUAGCAAUCUACACAUACCUUCCUGCCUUUAAACAGUAUGGCGCAAACGCCAAAGUGGUGCACUUCCUUGGAAAGACGAAGCCGUGGAGCUACACCUACGACCCUAAUCAGAGGAGAGUUCAGGGGAACGUGCAGGAGGCUUCAUCACAUCCUGGCUAUCUCCUGGAGUGGUGGAGUCUUUACAGCAGCUGUGUGCCUCCCCUGGAGCAGCAGGAGUACACUGACCAGCCUUUUGAAAUGAGUGUUCAGGCGGAGUUUCAGCCUCAGGCACUUCCUGGCCCGCCUCCUCUCUCCUCAGCUGAGCGCAAACUGCGCUGGGAACAGGGCCAAGCUGACUACAUGGGAAUGGACUCUUUCGAAAACAUCGAGAAAAAGCUUGCUGCGUUUUUGAAAUAAGGGAGGGAGGGAGAAAGGGAGCGACAAAGUAAAAGGGCUCCUUACAGUUUUAUUGUGAUGGUUGAGACGUGAGUGUAGAUCCCAUGGCUACAGUGCCAUCCUGACUGGUUUUCCUUCAGCUAUGCAGAACGGUCACUUCAGCGUGCCAACCUCGCUACCAAUUUACUUACAACUUUUGUACACUGUGAAACCGAUAAGUUUCGACUCUGUGCUCUUCACCAAAAAAAAAAAAAAACUUUUCUUUAUAUUCCAGAUAGUCAUGUUCGAUAAAUAUAGCUGAAUUCCACUGUUUACGCAGAGGAAGGUGACGCUUUAAUAACACACAUUUCCGAGACCAGGGUUGUUCGUGUUCUCACGUACACCUAUGAAGUCUUUAAGAUGCCGAUCACAUGACUCGCUUUAGUCCUCGCUCAAUAUUGAUGUCUGUUCAAGCACUAGUUAGACAAGUUAGACCUGAACUUGUCACACAUUGUUGCUUUGGUUUCACCCAGUGGUUACGGUUGAUCACAGUAAAUCUGAGCACUUAAGUUUCUAGUUCUGCGCUUUGUCCAUGUCUGCGUUAGUCACAUGACUUGAGGUAAAAUCUCUUUACCUCAUCUGAUGCUGCUGUCGUCUUGCUCAUAGCAAGUGUCUUACAUUUUCAUCUGCACAAUAAACAUUGGUGAGAUUGUUAAA